GUUCAGUGAAGUCGAAGAAGGGGGCAGCGGUUUUAAGUAUGUUGAGUUGUUCUUUGAUCGCAGACCGUCGCCGCUUCGCACAAGAGGGUAGUGAUUGUUGUUUCAGUUAGCCGUGGCUCUCUGUUCUUCCUUUUGCCGGUGGAAAACAGACCGAUCGCCGGCAAUUAACCGAGAAGUUCCGUUGUUUACCUGCUACGGCCAUGUCUUCCGACACUGUAUCUCCUCUCAUCGCUGCUCAUGUCAAUUACCUGCUCAACCACUUUCCUCUCCCCGUUAAGAUUGAGCACAUGUGGUCUGGCAGUAUGAACUACCCUGGAAUUAUUGAUAGGUUCACCUUAGUCAUACCGUACUGCCUUGAAUUCGUCAAAUGGGACAUCAUAUACAAUGCUGAAUCACCAUUUUCUGCACCUGAUAUUGUAUUUGGACCAGAAGAUGAAAAUUUUCAUCCGUUUACAAGUAAGGUUCAUGAAGGAGAAGGAGAUUAUAAGUCAUCACAAAACGGUCUACAUGACUGGAACAGCAAAGAUCCAUCUCGGCUCACGAGCCUUGUUCAAGAAUUGAGGGAUCGAUAUGUGUCAUACCAAAGGAAGCGUGUUGAAGGAGUUGAUGAUGAAAGAUUGAAGUUUGAACUUAGUACUAUGGUAUCUAGGGAGGGAAUUGAAAUGCAUUUGAGUUCAGGUGUUGAAAAGCCAGAGGAGGUCAAAUUUGCUGUGCCGCUAGUAGACAUUAAUAUUAAUAAGAUGAUACCUGGAUGCCCAUGGACGCAUCCACAGAAGAUAUUCUUGCAGGUUUUAUAUCCUGUGGUGAGAAAAUAUGCAUCUACUCCUGCUGCACCUCGUCUGAAAUUGGUCUCUACCUCUGAGUUGAAGGCUCUGUUAUCCAUAGAGGACAUCAAACUUCCUACAUGGAUAGAUGGAAUGUGCAUGGCUGAAUAUCUUCCCCAUCUAGAAGAGGGUCUUGACAAACAGGUUAUGGAGGCAGUUUCAUUGAUUGAUGUUAGGCGAGGCUUUAUAGAGGCAUUGGAAUCUUUCUUUGGAAGGCCUUUAGAAGCUGACCCGGUCUUUUGCCGAACGGCUACAAUUAUCACUGCCUCUGGGGUGUUCACAUUCCUGGUCCAUUUCUUCAUUUCAACUCAAUUUCCAAAGAAGCAGCCUUCUCUGAUGCUGCAAAGUUCUCAGCAUUUCAACUCCCAAGGUGCACCUAUCAAGUCGCAUGUUAUUACCGACUAUCCUUGGAGUCCAAGGUGGGAGCCAUCCCUAAUGGCUGAGCGGAUCUUUGAGUUUCUGGCUGAUGAGGCUUUGAGCUUCAAGAGGUACUGCACUGAGUCUCAACUUCAAUGAUUGGGUUUAUGAAAAUUGUGGUCGAUAUUCCCCACUAUAUAACAGUCAAGUUAUGUAUAGUUGGUAGACUAGAGUAGUUUUAAAUUUUUGGUUUCUAAGAUUGAUUUUGCCACCCCCUGGGGUCUUAUCUGAUUCCUCAACUGAAGAGGAGGAUGAUUCAAAGGUAAACUAUCAAGAACUGGAGAUAACUUUUAAAAUUUAAAAGUCGAAUCCCGAAACAAAGGAUGACCCUGUCCAUGGCUUUUGGCUGGGUAUUGAUCUGAUCUCUUUGGAAUUGGAAGACAAUCAAUUUUUUUGCUUCCUAUUUGAGUUAAAUGUGGGGUAGGGAUUGUACCUUCGAGUGAGUUAUGUACUCUGGAUUGGAAAAAAUAAUUGAAUUGUAUGUUAGCUUGAAGUUCUUUCUUUUA